CAGACAUAUUGGAUCUUUCUUGCUGUAAGGGUCGGUGUUGGAUUUCUACGGGAUUUUUUAUUUUGGGGAAACGAACUUGCUCUGUGGAGUUUUUGAUAAAACAUGGGACCAAUAUACGGUCCGGCCAUCGUCGCUUUGUUCGUAGCCUUGUUACAGUAUGCCUCUUCGACUGCCGACAAGUUUGAGCCGAUGGUGGCGUUCAUGUGUAACAAGCCAGCAAUGCACAAGGUAGUUGACGGCUGGGUGGCUGAUUCUCACACCGACUGUCUGGCUGACAAGAAAGCUAUUCUCAAAUACUGCAAGGAGUUGUAUCCAAACCACGAUAUCACGAACAUCGUAGAGACGUCCUACUGGGUGAACAUUCCUGGGUGGCCAUCGAAGAAUGGCAGAAAACACACACACCGGAGCAGACCAUUCAGAUGUAUAGUGGGACAGUUCCAGAGUGACGCGCUGCUGGUCCCACAGCACUGUGAGUUUGACCACCACCAUGACACGGACAUGUGCCGGGACUUCGACUUCUGGAACCAGACAGCCAUCUCGAUGUGUCGCGACCGCAAGAUGGUCACCCAGAGCUUCGCCAUGCUGCUCGAGUGCAAGAUCGACAUGUUCAAUGGGGUGGAGUUCGUCUGCUGUCCCAAGGAGAAACAUACUGGCCCCCCACGGAAGCUGCACGUGCAUGGUGAUGACGACACCACAAAGAAAGAUCACCACCGCGUUGACAAGCCGUUCGGUGCUGACAAGAACAGCGACAACGUGUAUGGUGUCUACCUCCACGGCCACAUCCCCAGCCAGUUCAAAAACGAACACUCAUUCUACGAGGCAGCACGUUCCUCCAUGCACAAAGAGCAGCAGGCUAAAAACACUAAGUUGAUGAAGGAAUGGACUGCUGCCUGAGAACAUGUGGCUGAGUUGAAGAAGACUGAUCCAAAGAGCGCUAUUAAACUGUCCAACGAGAUCACUGAGAGGUUCCAGCGACUGUACCAGGCGUAUGAGCAGGAGGAUGAAGCGGAGAAGGAGCAGAUAGUGGCGCUCCACCAGCAGCACGUGCAGCGCGACCUCAACGAACACAAGAGGAAGACGAUGGAGAAGUACAUGAACGCACUGCAGAGGAAAGACGCUCACAAGAUACUGAAGUAUCUUCUUGCGUACCUGCGCACUGAGGAGAAGGAUCGCAUGCACACGGUGAACCACUACGAGCACGUCAAGUACACGCACCCUGACGAGGCCAGCCGCAUCCGGCCACACAUCAUACAGCACCUGCACCUCAUAGACCAGCGCAUCAACCAGUCACUCCAGAUGUUGUCACGCCUGCCAGACCUCGAGAAGACCAUCAGACCCAAGAUUGAGAAGUUCCUCAUCAAGUACAAGGCCAUUGACGCUACCAUCAAGGAUGUGCUGCUGACACCCAGCAAACUAGAGACCAAUGUAGACUCUGCUCCUCAUGAUGAUGAUGACACGAAGAAAAACCACAUUGACAGGACUGAGAGUGUCAACAAGAAAGAACCUGUGUCGACCGAUUCUGACGAUUCCGAGACGGUGGAAGACGAACAUGCGUAUGAACACGAUGACCAGUUUUUCGCUCAUCAACAGGAUCACAGCAUGAAUGUCAAACAGGGCAUGAUGAAUGUCAAGUCGAUCUCUGUACAGUCGAUCCAUGGAGCGGCAGUUGGCUCCACAUUUGCCAUCGCCAUUGGAAGUAUCUCUGUAUUUGUUAUCAUCAUUGUUGCCAUAGUGAUGCUUCGUCGCCGCACCAGCCGGCAGACCGUGACGCACGGCUACGUUGAGGUUGAUCCCUCUGCCUCUCCAGAAGAACGCCAUGUUGCUAAUAUGCAAAUGAAUGGAUACGAGAAUCCAACUUACAAAUACUUUGAAGUGGCACCAACUCAGCAGUGAUGGAACACAACUUUGGAGGAGAGAGAAGAAAACAUUUGUAUCGGAGGAGAGAGAGAGUGUAAACUUACCUACAGAAUUUCGUAGUUUUUUUUUUUUAAUCUUGCGAAGCAGUGCUUGAAAGAUGUUUGAUAUUUGCUGGUCGGUGCCCAUAUUUUAAGAAAAAGGAAUCAUUUUAUAUUUGAGCAGUCCAGUAGACUGUAAUUUUUAGCACCAAAUUUUAGAAAAUGUACUUAAUUUAACAUUUUAUUAAAUACAAUUCAGCCAUUUGUUAUUUAUAAUUAAUGUGUGAUUACUAAUGCAUGUUGUUUAUCAAUGCAACACAAUAUAUAAAUAAUGCAUAAUGCAUUAAGUAAUAAUUUAGCCAUGCCUUUCAUUUAGGCAUUAACAAUCUUUGCCAAUGGUAAAAAAGUUUUUAAAAAUUGUAUGUAAUGAUUAAUUUGUAUCAUGCCUCUGGCAAUGUACAAUCUAAGUAACGGCUAUGAAAAUUGAAAAUUGUUUUAUGUGUAUAGUUUUUGAUAAAGGUAAAUCUUAAAUAAUGGAGUAAACAUACAAGGGUGUAUUAAAUUUUUCUAUUAUAAUGCAUUCUGCCAAUAAAAACAAAACAACCCAGAAGUGUAGCAUUAAUUUUAUACAUUUUAAAUUAAAAUGCUGAGCAAGUAACUUAGUUUGCUCAAAUGUUUCAUUUGUUAGCAAGAAACCAUUCAAUACAUCGGUUUUUUAUGUUUGCAUUCCAGCUUCUAAUUGGGGUUUUUGGUUGUGAUAUUCAGAUGUUAGUAACUUAUUUAGCUUAUUUAGUUCUGUUCUAAGACAUUGUUACUCUGUGGCCGGUUGUCUUAUACCCAGUCACGCUCUACAAACUUUUCACAAUUGUGUGUGAAAUUAACAAACUGAUAUUGAAAUUAUUUUUUUCGUAACUUUGCAGUAUUGUUUGUUUUCAGUUAAAUUGAGGGGGGAGGGUGUGUGAUUAUUUCAUAUAUAAAAAAAAUUGGUAUCUACAUUAGUUAACAUUUUUACCUCCCCCCCCCCCCCCCAGUUUACAGUUGUAUCCAUUUUUAUUUGAACUGACAUGAAAUGGAUUUUUGGUAAGUUUACAUGGGUGUCUAUUUUCAUUUGAUGAAAAUAAAUUUGCUGUUUGAUAUCGCAAAUGUGUCGUAUAACAUUAGCUUCUGGUAGCAAAUGUUUUCUAGAAAUAAAAUCAAGGUUUUUUUGGCCAUUUUUAAGACCUUGAAUGUAUGUUAAAGACAUCUGCAAUAUUUUAUCCACUCCAAAAAAGCAUUGGAAAUGUUACCAACUCAAAAACAUACAUGCUCAAACGCCAUUUUUGUGAAAAAAGAAUCCAAUCUGGAAUUAAUGUUAAAUAUAUUUUGUUAACCCUUUUGUUUCUGUGGUUCUCAAUUUUACAAUCCCAUUCUUAUGACAUGGGACAAGUUUAGAACUGUUAAUAGAAACAAAAGGGUCAAACCAGUUAUAACAGAUUUGUGUAGAAUUUCAUAUUGUGGUAUUAUUAUCCAGUUUAAACCAAAAUGGCUAGGCAAGAACAAAAGAAGCUAGAUAAUAAAGAGAUCAGUUUUAUUGGCUUUUCCUUUUAUUGUAAAAUUUAACAGUUGAAUGCGAAUCUUGCACAUUUUGAUACUAAUUGAUUUUAUUGACUAUUAGCAGUAUAUGCAGUGUAAAGUAAUUGGCAUGUUUUCAGUUUGAUUAUAAUUUUUAUUUUGUAAUUUCACUAUUAAAGUGUUCUACACUGUGGAUAUUGUGUAUAAAGUUAGUGAAUGUAUCUUCCAUGUAACCUGUAUUAACUUGGUAUAAAUAAUGUUCAGUAUGGUGUAUGUUAAUGGAUAGAGUAUAAUAGAAGUAUCAUAUUCAUCACGUCGUACAUACCGCUCUUUAUUAACUUGUUCUAAUACUCUCAGUGUAUUUUAUAUUGUAAAACAUUUCUCACUUGGAAUAUUUUGUUUUUAAUUUUAUAAACAUUUUCCAUGCUUUGCAGAACUAAUAAUAAAAUUACUUCCAUUGUUUUGAAGUAUUUAAUAAAAAAAGAAAGAAGAAAAAGUUACUUUUCACCAUAUUUGCUCAUGUGAUUUUUGUUUUUAAUAUUUCUACAAAUAUAUUGAGGUUUUGUUCCAAUAUAAAAUCUGUUAGAAUUGGUGUGUAACCAAAUCACUGUUACUACUCUGAGAAAUAUUUAUUAUCAAAACAUAUUUUUGUUUUUCCAUUGGCUAAAAUUCACACACACAUAAUAAUAUAAUUAAAAAAAAUUGUGUGAAAGCUUUGCUAAAUUACAUCAGGACUACAACAGUUUUAUUGUAAAUUCUAAUCUGGUAACUCGCUGUGAAACAUCUGUUGACCAAGUCUUGUGUAUAGAUAUGUUUUGGCUCCCAGAAAGUUUACAAAUUACAAGGACCAAGUUUUAUAACUCUUUAUGGAUAAAAUUGUGGAGAAUAUCUAUAUGUGCAACUUGUAUGAUUUCCCUUAAUCACUGUGUUGUUUAUAUAUGUUGAUUGUCCUAGUGUUCAGGUUUUAGUCAGUGUUUUAGAACUAUCAAUCUAUAGAUGUUACACAAAUAUAAUAAUGUAUCUUUGUCCAUUUUUUACAUAAUGAAACAGUUAUAUUUAUCACAUCAUAGUGUUACCUGCAUUUUAUUCUUUCUCUGGGGUUUUUUCCAUCAUGAAAUACAUAACAAGCAAAAUCUUCCUUUUUUUAAAUAUAUAUAUUGCAAUAAAAAAUAUAUAGAUUUAAAAACCUUUCCUUUGUUAUUAUUACCAUUUUAAAAAUCAUCUUUACUUCGUAAAUGCUUCUGCAGUCUUAUUUGGUGGGGGUUUUUUUUUUAAUAAUGUUUUUUAUUUUAUUUUUUAUUUUUUUAUGAUUUUAUAAAGUGAGCCCCGCAUGCACUACCCCAGCUCUUACACUAAACAAAUUUAAUUAUUUUGUCCAUUAAAUAUAUUUGCCAGUAGAUAAGCCAAUUUGACCAUUUAUCUGUUUUGUAUAUAUUCUUGUAUUUAGACGUAACCAAGUGGAACUCAUCCAGUGCUUACUCGGUCCAGUGCUAGCUGUGGCACUCGACAAAUUUGCCAAUCGUGAAUUUCAAAAACAAUUGGCAAAUUUUAUUUUAAUUUGGCGAAAUAAUUUUAUGUAAUAAUUCAUAUUUUCAUACAAAAUAACUGGGUUUUUCCAAUUUUUGAAGUUUUUUAACAGAUAAUUUGGCGAAAUUUUCUGUGCACCCAGAGCUAGCCCUGUCGAUCCUAUGGGUAAUUGUCAGAGAUUACAUUUUAAUACAUUUUGUGGUAUUCCAGAUUUUAAUCCGGCUAAGUUUUCCAGAUUUUAUUAUAAGAAAAAAAAAUAUUCAUCUACAAGAUGUGAAUGUUGCAGCAGUGGGUAAACUGUAAAAAAACCCACCUAUAAGAUUGUUAAAAACUAACUGAAUGAUUUGAAUACAUGGAUCCCUUGCCUGUAAAACAUGUAUACGACUGUGAAGAUCAUCAAAGAAAGGUCUCAGUUCAGGGCCUUGGUGAACUGAGGGAGAGAAAAUUAAUAAAAUACAUAAUAAUAUUUUUGGAUUGUAUUUAGUUUAUUCUUGUUACAGUUUGCACUGAAUGGGUUCUUCAAGAUGGCCGACCAGACAACAACCUAAUUCAAUGAGACCAAGGAAUAAUGGUGGGUUAAACAUUCCAUAAAUAAUAUUUCAGCCAAUCGGAGCACAUUUGUCAUGUGAUACAGAAAGCUUUAGCCAAUGGAUUCGAUUGUGAAUUGUGAUGAACCAUUAUAUUUGUGAGUGCUUUUGAUUGGCUGUCUAUCGAGUUGUCUGGUCUGUCGAUCUGUUUUCAUAUAUCUAUAUCAAUGUGUAAACAUCUAAAAUGCGUGUGUACACCGAAUGUAGUUACUGUAGUCUGUAGACCAGAUAUUUCACAACACUAACGUUUGCGUGUUUAGCUAUACAGCUUCUGUAGUUUUUUUGUCCAAUAAACACAUUUACACAAG